AUGACAGUCGUUCCCAAAUCAACACGACAGAGUCAGACAAAUUUUGAUCUGCCAAUUGACGGAUGCAUGACGACUUUGUUGCCGUCGGCAUGGGUGGAUCUCGACGAGACGACGGCACGUGCAAUGGGCAUGCUGUGGUGGUCGCCGAGUCGCACCAACGCAAGCACUCCGUACAGCUGGUCAAAGUGCUCCGGCAACGCCCGGCAACGCCCGUCAAAGCCCGUCGAGGCCGGCCCCGUCCCUACGCCGCGUCGACGCCCGCCCAACGCGGCCAACCAAGCUGUCUGGUCUGGUUAA